ACAAAAUUUCUACAUUUGUUUCUGACGGAGGGGCGAAUAUCAAGGGAGCGAUUAAAAGUGAAUUCGGAAGUGAAAAACAUAUUUCUUGUAUUGGACAUGUCAUCAAUAAUAUCGGACAGCGACUUAUUGAAAUAAAUAUAACUCCACCAGCAUCUGAAUCUGGGAAUAAAGUAGACGACCUACCUUUAAAUGAAGAAGAUAUAAUUGAUGAUUCAGAAAUUUUAGAGUCUGACAAAACUACUCAGCAAACAAUGUUACGUGAUCUGUUGACAAAAGUAAAAAAAAUAGUAACUUUUUUUAGACACAGUGAGAGAGCUACAACUGAGUUGUUGUCAUUACAAAGCAAUUUACCAGAAUCAAAGCGUCUUAAACUAAUCCAAGAAGUGAAAACAAGAUGGAAUUCUUGUUUCGAAAUGAUUAAUCGUUUCAUUGUGCUUGCCGAUCAUGUUGGCAAGGUACUCCUUCAGGUCAAAAUGGAUAAAUCAUCAAAAGCUAAGCCUCCUAAUAUGAUUACAGGAGAUGAACUCGAAUCCUUAAUUGAAGUUCGCGACAUUUUAAGUCCUCUUUGGCGAGUUACGCAGGAAGUUUGCGCGGAAAAAAAUGUUACAUUAAGUAAAUGUAUCCCUUUGAUUGCUAGUCUUAGGAAAAAAACUGAAAAUUUCAAGCCAGAUACUUUGAUUGGGCGACAAUUGCAAAAAAAACUUACUCAAGAAAUUGAAACUAAAUAUGGGAACAUUGAAUCAGUCAAAUUAUAUGCUUGCGCAACUCUUCUUGACCCCAGGUAUAAAAAGUGCGCUUUCUAUAGCAUCCGAGAGUCUGCUCGUGCAAUCACUAACGUUGGUGAUCUGGUUAGGAUUGAGAGAAAUGUAGCAUCACAGGCAACGGGAUCUUCUGCAAUACUUGACGAUGAUGAAGUUACUACAGCCAUUGAAGCCCAAGUUUCUUCAAACGAUGGAAAUGAUGAUGAUGAUAUAUGGUCAUAUUUGGAUGAAGCUGUCAACUAUAUAGUCAUUCUCAAGCGAAUACUGAUGAAGCAGGUGGAUUGCCGAUACAGUUACGUCAGUAUUUAUCUCGCCCAGCUGUUCAAACGAAGACAAAACCCUAAUCCACUUGUCGUUUGGGGAAUCAAUCAAAUAUGA